CUACAAUCUCAACUCCUUGCAUUUUCCCAGUUUCGACUGUGUUGGCGCAAUGCGGGGGUCCGAUGGCGGAGAUAUAUCCCCAGCGCUGACUCGGAUGCCCGCUUAUCACCCGGCCUUUUCCCCUCUGCCCUUUUCUCCGCAACUCUAUCAUACUACUAUACUUACCACUGAGUCAUCGAGAUCAGUACUCUACCAUUGGAAGUCAGUCUAUAGACAAUCAAGUCUUUCAGAAUGGCUGACCCUUCCGUGCUCGUGCAAUCUUUGACCCCUUCAGCUAUUCAUGAUGCCUACUCCCUCAUCCAACCCUAUGUGCACCGCACGCCUCUCCUCACUUGCCAAACCCUCAACACCAUUGCCUCGGCGCCGCAAUCUCCAGAGGCAUUGACCGGCACCUCCUUUGAGGGCCAAGCUCCUGCCAAUCCCAAGUUCCGCUUCUUCUUUAAAUGCGAGAACUACCAACGGAUAGGCGCCUUCAAGGCCCGAGGAGCCUUCCAUGCUCUGUUACGUCUCAUCACCGAACGGGGGAAGGAGGAUGUACAGAAACGGGGUGUCAUCACCCACAGCUCUGGAAACCACGCUCAAGCUCUCGCUCUCGCCGCCGCCACCCUUGGUGUUCCCGCCUACAUUAUCAUGCCCAGUAUUAGCACACCCUCCAAGAUCGCUGGAACGCGCUCCCAUGGUGCAGAGGUCAUCUUCAGUGGUUCCACGAGCGUCGAGCGCGAAGCUGUCGUCGCUGAUGUGCAGGCCAAGACCGGUGCCAUUCUAAUCCCGCCCUAUGAUGACUUCAAUAUCAUCUGCGGCCAGGGUACUACGGCUCUCGAACUUGAGGAGCAGUACAGGGAGCUGCUGGCUGAGAAGCCACAUCUGAGCAUUCGCGAGGGGUCCAAGGCUCUUGAUGCUGUCUUCACACCCAUUGGUGGAGGCGGUCUCAAUUCCGGUGUUGCAACCUUCUUCUCGGACAAGACGACCAAGGUGUUUGGUGCGGAACCCAGUUUUGAAGGUGCAGACGAUUGCCGGCGCGGACUGGAAGCCGGGGAGCGGGUUCCGGCAGUGUCGACACUGACCAUCGCGGACGGGUUGCGGACACCGGUUGGCUUGUUGAACUGGGAGGUGAUCUCGAACCGGAACGAGGUCGCUGGCGUAUAUGCUGUGACGGAGGAGCAGAUCAAGGCGGCAAUGCGUCUGGUCCUGGAACGCAUGAAGGUAGUAGUAGAGCCAAGCGCUGUGGUGGGUUUGGCCGUUUGCCUAUACAACGAGGAGUUCCGACGACUGGUCGAAAAGGAGGCUCCUGAGGGUUGGGAUGUGGGCAUCGUGUUCAGCGGUGGAAACACCACGGUUGAGGCCAUUGGAAAGUUGUUCAGUUAAGAAAGCAUGUAUAACCUGCUUGGGGCCACUGUUUCAAAUCACGUCUGUACAGUGUACAUAGCUAGAUGAGAAAUGUAUCAACCAAUGUCGAC